UUUUAUCAAGUGGCAGUUUCCUCACUCUCUACAUUACGAAAACUUCGACGACUGAGUUGUUCUACUCUCCCUUUUGCUGAGAGGGCAAGUAAACAGUCAUCCAUCGUCUCUGUCAACUCAGAUCACCCGUAUUUGGCAAAAGGCCCAUUUUGGCGUUUCAUGGAAGGUUUUUUAAUUCAAUGGGGCUUAGAAAGACAGUCCAGGAACACAAGUUCCUGUACCUUGCAUUUUCACUGCAGGGCUCUGUGGAAAAAUACAAAUAUCGAGGCACCAGACUAGCAAGGAUCAUCCCAUUGUACACUGGUGGCAGCUGCUGGAACCAACGCAGCUUGGACCUGGACCUCAUCUAAGGACUUUUUUGAUAUUGCUUCCAGAUUUGUACAUUGAGAUGUCCUCUAAGACCCAUUAUCCUGGAACCGACACUAACAAUGAAAAAAGUGAGAGAGGAUUCUGUUUACCAGCUCAGUCCUGUCCACACUUGGCUGAAGGUCUUCUAGCUCCAAAAGCAGCAGUAGAUGCCCCUCUUUCCUCUUCACAUCUUGUAGACCGAAGAGAAGAAAAUAUUUGCAACUGGCUGGACUCUGGUUUCUUCUUAUCUGCAAGCCCUGAUUUACAAGAAAGCAGAGACAAAGCAGCUCUUUCACCUCCCCUGGGCAUGGUACAAAUGACAGUGCAGAACUACAUGCGAUCCCUGCAUAGUUUUUCAGAAAUGCCUGCGCUCUCAAGAUGGAACGGUGCCAGCACUUCCCAUUCUCAUCCCAAUGCACCAAAAAGUGUCACUGAAUGGCUGGAUUUCUCAGCGAAGGAUCCAGUUGAGAUUCUGCUGGAUUUGGGGUUUGGCAUGGAUGAACCUGAUAUCUGCACUAAAAUCCCUUCUCGGUUCAUCAGUUCUGCAUCCAUGGCUAAAGGCAUCAAUAUCCGAGUCUUCAUAGAAGCUCAAAGGCAGCGCAUGGAUGUAGAAUCCCCCAAUCUAUGGGGGCGUUUUCGGCAACUUGAAGUCCUGGAUCACGUCACCAGCGCCUUUUCUUCUUUGCUGAACGAUAUCAACCUCUUGCAGAAUACAGAGGACAGAAAUGGAGAGGGGAAGGGGGUGGCAGGCACCCCGAACGGCAAAGCCAUAGUCUUGCAAGCAAAACGGAGAAGACUAGGCCAGCUCCUGAGAAAAGUGUCUCGACAGACGACGAUGCAUGGCCCUCCAGCUUACCGAAUUACUGACACACCCAGCAAGACAAAUGAAGACUAUUCUUCUGCUGUUGAUGUGGACAAAUGCAUAGCGGCCAGGUCUGCCUUAUGUGACCACCCCACCUUGGACUCUCUAAAAGAGGAGAUGUUUCCCAGUGACGAGGAGGAGAAGACCAGGAAUUUAUCUCAUCCUCCAAGCAAAACUAGGGCAAUGCCUCAUCUGCCUCUUAAACAGACCCAUUUUCUUUUCACCUCCGAGAUGCUUAUCAAAGACAGACCUCGCAAGGAGCCCAAUUUGCUUUUGAACCACAUGCUCAAGAGGGUAUCUGGCCUAAACGGCAAGCCUUCAGAUUCCUUCGAAAUGGAAGAGAUCCAGAGCUUUGAGGAUGAAUCUUCCUGGGGAAAUCCUCUUGAAAGCACUUCAGAUGUGAUUGUAACAAGAACAAACAGUUGCCAGUCUGACAGCAGUGGGUUUCUGGAAGAUCCAUCAGAGCCCUUACCUCUGCAGGUCUUAUCUCUGCCUGGGAACCUGAGACUCAGCUGCAGUGUCCAUGAUAAUCAAGCACAACAGAGAAACAGGAAGGAGUCAGCUCAGGCCAGCCAGGAUCCUCAUCCCCAUGCAGAGACGUCUGUUGCUAUCACCUUCAUGACCAAUGGUGGCAACAUUUUACUACUGCCUGCUCUGAGCAGGGAACAGACUUUCCUAGGAGAGGACGUUUUCUAUUCCAUAAAUGAAGAAGACAACCUAAUGGAGACCUCCAGUGGUCAGUAUGAAGAUGCAGCCAGUGAAACGGAAGAUGAGGCGCAUGAGCAGGAGACGCAAAAUCGAAGAGGACGGCUGGGGGAAGAAGAAGACCGUUGCAUAGAAGGCCGCAUUUCCUGCCAGCGGAUUAACAUUAUGGAUCGGGAUGAUGUUAGUUCUCCAGAAGGGAAUUGGCUUCUGUACUCCAGUCAAAAGCGUGAAAAGCCAGGGUUUACUGCCACUGAGGUAGGGUGUACACCCCCCACGACACUCAGCAAUGACCAAAUACAUGCGGACGGAAAAGAAAGUGAGGGACUUUGGAGUGAAGAGGAAACUGGGAAAGUAUGUCGAGGAAAUGAACAGGAAGGUACUGGAGAAAGUGUAGAAGGAAAGCGGCGGGAUAGCAAGGCGGAGUUCCCUGGUCCAGCCACAGACACCAGUGUCACAAAUGAUUGUCAGGGCUCUAUCAAACUGGCUGUUGGUUUCGGUAAUACAUGCAAACCUUUGGAUGUAGCUCCAGCUUCAGAAACUGAGCAGGGGGACCUGCCUGCACAGCAUGGGAUCAAUGCUCUUUCUACGAGCCCUCUUCAAGCUUCUCGCCUUUCCACUUACUGCCUUGAAAAUGGAGGAACUGGCUCCUCGGAUGGAUUAUCAGCAAGCACCAAACCGGACACAGAUAAGAGUGUCCCUGCCUUCGAAACACACCGUAGUCCUUUCAGAUCUGUAACUGUCCAGAUGCCUUCAAUGCUCCUGUCGAGUAUGCAGAGCAUCCACUUGGAUGACACAGCUGUAAAAGGCCAGUCUUUGGAUUUCACGUGCAAGGCAUCCCAGCCUUCUGAGGACGAGCCUCGAAUUCCCUCAGAGUUGGAUGCUUUAAAGGAAGAAGAUAAGGAAGUGAAGGAAGUGUCCAUUCAAACUGAGAGGAGUCCCGUCAAGCGAAAAGGGUUCCCUCCGUUUCCUUUCCCCCCUCCAUUUCACAGGCACGGCCAUCUCCUGAAGUCGGCCUCUCUAGACACAGGGCUGCAUGGGGAAUACCAAUCUUGCUGCUAUGAACCUUUCCGCGCCUGGUGUGCCCAGCACAGAGGUCACUGCUGCCCUUUGAGCGCUCAUCACUGCUGUCUGCCACAGUCUUUCCCUCUAGCUCCUUUGUGCAAACAUCAUGUAACGUGCUGCUCAUCGCAUGCCACCCUAGAGCUACAGCUUCUGAAAACACUGAGGCUAUUGCAGGACACAGCAAUGAGAAAUGUUCCUUCUUGCACAGUUCAGGAAAUCGAAGCUAUGAAAAAUUCGUGUCAAAAGUUUCGCGAACGGUUGGAUGAGAUUGAACAGCACCUGACAGAGCAAGAGAUCCUCUUUUCCAGUGCCAUAUCAGAUAAAGGACGAGAGGAGAGAAGAAGACUCCAGGCCUUGCGUCAAGCAGUUCGUCGAGAGGUUGCUGAGCUGGAAUGCCAGCUGCAGGACCGUGCUCGCCAGGUCAGGGAGGGGAUUCUGAUGCAGCUGGAUCAGUUGUUGGGCGAGCAGUCUAAUCUGUGCUCAGAACUUGGACUUUCUGGCACUCGGAGUGAGCACACUCUUCCAGAUGCUGCUGCCGCCGCCGCUCCUUUCUUGUGCAGAGAUGGAUGUUGCAAAGAUAUCCGUCACAGGCCUCCGAGAAGGAGUUCCACGGUCCCACCCAGCCCCUCGACCUCCUUAUUAAGAAAAACGGAAGUGCCUCAGGCCUCUCCUUCACCUCCAGGCAAGACUGACUCUGCAGCAGACUCCAAGGAACUGCACAGCAGUAAAAAGGAAACGAAAGGUUCUCCUCAGCCGAAAUUGGACUUCAAGACCUUUUUACAAAAUCUGAAGAAAUCCUUCCGAAAUUCUUUCAGCAACGAUGCAACAGAAGGAAAAGACUGAGGGACAGCACCGUUUUUACCGUGAUACCUUUUUCCAUAACAUU